AGGUGAAAGAGCUGUAAGCUUCUCACCCAACUGAGCACUUCAGCUUUGCUUCAAGCUCUUCUUCUUCUUCUUCUCCAAGGCUCCAGCUGCUGCUGCUGCCGCCGCUGUCCAUCCGAAUCGGUUGAGCCGUCGUCCCUGCAACCCGCGAUCGAGAUGUUCACGUCGAAUCCACCAAAUCACUAGCAGCUCAUACCACCAAUCUGCUACCAGCUCACACCACUACGUGCUGCUCCAACUCCAUGUAUUCUUAUCAUGGUUUCUUGCACACCCCGGCAAGCAUAGGAUCGAUUUGUUUAUACCUCUGCGCCGUCGAUUCAUGGUGUUGUUGCUUUCUUGCGUGUCACUUGCGGUGGUGCUCGGGGUUUCAAGAACGGCGCCAUGAGAGGGAGGUGUGAGGGGAGGCGGUGGCGGUGGGUGUUGGUUUGGUGGGUUCUUGCGGCGGCGGCGGCGGCGGUGGUGGUGGUGGAAGGUUUUGGGGUGCCGGAGUCGGAGCUGGAGACGUUCCGCGACGAGCGGGGCGGGCUGGUGGCGCUGAGGGACGCGCUGCGGUCGGGGAGGGACCUGCACUCGAACUGGACGGGGCCGCCGUGCCACGGCGAGCGGAGCCGGUGGUACGGCGUGGAGUGCGACGGCGACGGGCGGGUGGUCGGCGUCGCGCUCGACGGCGUGCAGCUCACGGGCGCGCUGCCGCCGGGGGCGCUCGGGAACGUGACGCGGCUGGAGAGGCUGAGCUUGCGUGACAACGCCAUCCAUGGCGCGCUGCCGCGGCUCGACGGGCUGGCGCGGCUCCGCGCCGUCGACCUGUCGAGCAACCGGUUCUCCGGACCCAUCCCGCGCGGCUACGCGGCGGCGCUGCGGGAGCUCAGGCGGCUCGAGCUCCAGGACAACCUGCUCAACGGCACCGUGCCGGCGUUCGAGCAGGGCGGGCUCGCCGUCUUCAACGUGUCGUACAACUUCCUCCAGGGCGAGGUGCCGGACACCCGCCCGCUCCGGCGGUUCCCCGCCAGCGCGUUCGGCCACAACCUCAAUCUCUGCGGCGACGUUUUGAAGACGGAGUGCCGCGAGGGCUCGCCGUUCGACGACGCGCGGGCCGCCGGCGACAGCAGCAGCGGUGAUGAUCCGGUCUUCCGGCCGUUCGACGCCACCGGCGAAGGUUCGCCGGCGCGCAAGCCAAGGAGAUUCAGGCCCGCGAGGUGGAGCAUCGUGGUGAUCGCCCUCAUCGCCGCGCUUGUGCCGUUCGCGGCGGUGCUCAUCUUCGUCCACCACAGCAAGAAGAGCCGGGAGGUUCGUCUCGGCGGCCGCGCCGCCGCAGUGUCAGGGGACAUCAAGGACAAGGCGGAGCAGGCGGGCAACAAGGUGAGCGGCAGCGGCAGCCGGAGCACGGAGUCCGGCAAGGGUGCGGCGGAGCUGCAGUUCUUCCGGCCGGAGAAGGCCAGCUUCGGCCUCGACGAGCUGUUCCAGUCGACGGCGGAGAUGCUCGGCAAGGGCAGGCUGGGGAUCACCUACCGCGUCACCCUCAACGCCGGCCCGGCCGUCGUCGUCGUGAAGCGGCUGCGCAACAUGGGGCACGUGCCGCGCAAGGACUUCGCGCACACCAUGCAGCUCCUCGGCAAGCUCCGCCACGAGAACGUCGUCGAGGUCGUCGCCUGCUACUUCUCCAAGGAGGAGAAGCUCGUCGUCUUCGAGCACGUCCCCGGCUGCAGCCUCUUCCAGCUCCUGCACGAGAACAGAGGCGAGGGGAGGACGCCGCUGUCGUGGCCGGCGAGGUUGGCGAUAGCGAAGGGCAUGGCGCGCGGGCUGGCCUACCUGCACCAGGCGCUGCCGCUCUUUCACCGGCCGCCGCACGGCAACCUCAAGUCGUCGAACGUGCUCGUCGCCUUCCCGUCCCCUCCCGGCGGCGGCAGGAGGCAGAAGCACGGCGGCGACAGCGACGCGGCGCCGGUGCCCAAGCUGACCGACCACGGCUUCCACCCGCUGCUGCCGCACCACGGGCACCGGCUGGCGGCGGCCAAGUGCCCGGAGUUCGCGCGCGGGACUAGGCGCCCCUCCUCCCGCGCCGACGUGUUCUGCCUCGGCCUGGUGCUGCUCGAGGUGGUCACCGGCAAGGUGCCCGUGGACGACGACGGCGACCUGGCGGAGUGGGCGCGCCUGGCGCUGAGCCACGAGUGGUCGACGGACAUCCUCGACGUGGAGAUCGUCGCCGACCGGGACCGGCACGGCGACAUGCUGAGGCUCACGGAGGUGGCCCUGCUCUGCGCCGCCGUCGAGCCCGAACGGCGUCCCAAGAUUCACGCCGUCGUCAGGAUGAUCGACGAGAUCGCCGCCGGCGGCGGCGGGGCGGGAGCUUGCGCUGCGGUGAGCUCCACAAUUUGCCGGGAGAAGUGUAUCCAAUUUUGAGUUUUGUGUAUCCAUUUUGGGCCUCGUUUGACAUGGGCCAGGAUGUUCAGUGGGCCGGGAAUGUGGCUUAUGACAAACAAGGUUUAAAUCGGUUCCUUUUUGAAAAUUGUAAUUCGAGGAGUUUUACAAAUUUGGGCCAUUACUCUUCAAAAUUAUUGUGGAUCAGACUCAAAUCAAAGGUAGGUACCACCACUUUAGCUUGAGUACAAUUUAGCAUAAAAGCAUCUUAAUAUUGACAAAAUAAUGGUGCGGGUGGAAUUUUGGAUGGUGGGAUAUGAGUGGACAGGUCUGGCGGCCUAAUUUUUAGGCGUGUUUGGUUUUUAUUAUGGCGACAACGAGGUGGACGAUCUUAUUUGAAAAUUUAUAAUGAAAUGGAAAU